CGUUUGACAAGCCCUCCAAACAUGCACACCAUGAACAAACUUCUACUCACUGUUCUCCUGACCUAUCUGGGACAUUCGGUUGCAUUUGGGGGUCAAAUCAUCAAUGGAAAAAAAGCCAAGAGGAAUUCCCUGCAGUACAUGGCCUCUGUGCAGAAUGAUGAGAAGCACAACUGUGGAGGAUUCCUGAUCACUCCAGACUUUGUGCUAACAGCUGCACACUGCAACACAAGCAACUUGAGUGUUGUUCUUGGUACCCACAACAUCAAGAAGGGCCUCGGGAAAGCUGUCAGAUACAAUGUGGAACGCACAUGCAAACCCAACUCAUAUGAAAAUGUAAAGGAUGGUAGUGACAUCAUGCUUCUAAAGCUGUCUAGGGAAGCAAAAUUAAGCAAAUCCGUGAACAAAGUGAGGCUUCCAACCAAGGAUAAAGUCCUCAAACCCAAAACAAAGUGCCUUGCUGCUGGAUGGGGCCUCACAAAAACAGGCGCAAUCGUUGACGACCUUCAAGUGGUGGAUUUGGAAGCCAUUGAUCUGAAGGUCUGCCAGAAGCAGUGGGAUCACGUUGACUUAAAACUUCCUCCCAAUGUCAUCUGUGCAGGUGGAUAUAUGACCGACAAAGGCACAUGUCAGGGGGAUUCUGGUGGUCCUUUGGUGUGCAAUGGAGAGGCAGUGGGAAUAGUUUCCUUCAACAUGAAGAGAAACUGUGCCUAUCCCAAUGUGCCCAAUGUUUACACUCAGAUUUCCAAGUACUUACCCUGGAUAAAGAAGGUCAUCAACAAGCAGUCAUGUUAGAAUGGAUACUUUGUUUGCUGUAAAAUUAUGCCUUUGGCUAUUACUUAUACCUGAUGAUAUUACUGAUUCUUUAGCUUGCUGUUAAACUGUCUAAUGCAUUACCAUGUACUGUAAGGGAAAUAAAUGUAUUCUUAAUCAUG